GUUCGUUUGUGGAAGCCCGUGGAUCUAUUCUAUGUCAUUUUACAUAUGAAUCGGUACCCAAUCGAAGAACGAUAAGAAAAAGAAAGGGAUACAUUCACUGAUUCAGGAAGAAGGCGGCGUUCGUCGACAGGGGGUAGGACGAAUGGCCAUGGUUUCAGGCAACGAUAGUGCUGGGUCGAUUUGUGCUUUUGAUCAUCUUCCCAGAAUCCCAGGUCAAGGACGUCAAGCUGAUUUAAGGACGCCACCAUUUUAAGGCUUUCAAACAUUUGAAAAUGAGCAAAGUGCAUUAGUAGCGGCGGCGGCGACAAUGGAAGGAGGGGCGGUGGUGAAAGUGGCAGCGACACUCCUCUUGAGCGUUGACUACUUGGCGACGGUGGCCGGCUUCUUGCACAGCGAGUACUACUAUAGGUUAUGGUGGUUGCGACAUCAAGGAGAAGAAGAGCAGAGAGGAGCCGCGUCUUCUUCUUCUUCUUCCAUUCUUCCCCGCCAUCACCGUUCCUCACCGCCACCUUCUUUAUCGCCAUCCACCAUCUGCGUUCGACUUUCCCUCCUCGGGCGCGCGUCAGUCACCAGCGGAACAACAGAGGGGGGCGUGAUUUUUCUUGAUUUGAUUUCGAUUUCUUUGACUAAUCGAGCGAGUUUCUGCCCUCUUCGGGUGGGUUCUCAAGCGAGUGGCUGGGGUUGGUCCAGGUAGCCGGUCUUCUGAGGAGAGAAAAAGCCGGCUCAACAGCGGGGUUAGUGGCUGGUUGGGAACUGCUGUCUAGCAGUGGCGGCAGUAAGGGUUCUGCCAGGCUGGUCAGGCGAGACAGCGGGUUCAGGUUUGGGUUUUGGGUUCCAAAUUGACUUAUGACUCUUGGCAGGUAAUCCAAAUUAAUUGGGUUUUGUUUGAUUAUGCAUAACAGUUGGGCUUUCGGCCUUUAAUAGGCCGCUAGUUGAUAUAUUUGUUUCUCAUGAAUUGUGACUUGGAUUAAAUUAAUCUUAUCGGUGAGGUGAUAAACAGUGAAUACUGAAUUAAUACUUUGUAUAGGCCACUUACUAUUGUUAGGCGGACUUGAACUGAACUGAGUGAUUGGAUAACCCAUAUAGUUUAGUUCACUUUAGGUGAUCCAGGG